CCGGGGGUGCUCGCCAUGGCGCGCACGCUCCUUCAGCAGUACCUGGACAUCCAUGGCACCGAGUGCCACCGCAAGACCUACGCCAGCACCGCCGUCAGCGGCGCCGCUGGCCUGGUCUUCUCUGCCUACAGUGUCACGCUUCAGCCCCCAGACUCUUUCCUGGAGGGAGUGGCGAGGACAGGGCGAUACACCUUCACUGCAGCCGCCAUCGGUGCUAUAUUUGGCCUCACCUCCUGCAUCAGCGCCCAGGUCCGAGAGAAGCCCGAUGACCCUCUGAACUACUUCAUCGGAGGCUGCGCCGGAGGCCUGACCCUGGGAGCACGCACUCACAGCUACGGGAUCGGAGCCGCCGCCUGCGCGUACAUGGGCAUGAUGGCCGCGCUGCUCAAGAUGGGCCAGCUGGAGGGCUGGAAGGUGUUUGCGCCGCCCAAGGUGUGAGUCCCGCCGCCUCCCGGCUCUUCGGGAAGGCUCACAUGUGACUAAAAAUAAAUUAUGUGGAUACUUGUU